UUCCUGACCCUGGGACCAAUGGCCACCAGGACAGGGCCCGUUUGUGGUCAAGUGAGAAUCUGAAUCAUUAUAACCGAGGAAAGAGUCCGGGCGCAACCCAGAGCCCGGAGGCAACAAUCGAUAUGACAAUAAUUGACAAGCAGCGUUAAGCAUCAGCCGAGAUGGCGAAGGAUGGCGGUGAUUGGCCCAUCGCCCGCAGAGCCCGACGACAUCUUGGGACGCCAAGAAGUCGGAGUUUGCCGGUGAGAGGCCGAAUUCCUUCCAGAGUUUCCACUCCCUCGUGGCUUCCCCUCACCAUAUUUUCCCCUAUUUUCUGCGUCUCCUCGUCCCGGUUCGUGUUUAAUCGUGGUGAUCGACAGAAUGCUUCAAUCCUCAAAGAUCCGUCAAUAAGCGAAAUCCCUUGCCUUGUAUGCAAGCCUUCCCAGAUCAAUUGGCAUGCGGAAUGGCCGCCGCAGCAAAAUUUCCACCGUUUUGUCUGACGCCAAGCAGGACCAGGACUAAAUCGUUCGUGCCGUCGGU